AUGACGGACCAUGCUAUUAGCAACGCCCAAAGCGAAUAUGUUGGUCUGAACCCCUCUCCAACAAGACCACAGUCAUCUUCCCCAGGAGCAGCACCGUUACCAGAAUCUCGCAUCCAAACCUACGUGACGAUUGCCGUCCUGCUGUUGCUGAUUCGCCUGUUGUAUGAAUUUCACAAGCCAUUGGCCUUUUUGGCCCUCGUGCUGUUUGGUAUCAUUGGCGCCUAUCGACUCAAUACGCAAUCCAACCAAGCCAUUGCGCAACAUGACGCUCGUAUGGAUCGAAUCAAUCGAGAACGAGAAGAAUCCGAGGCCAUGGUGGCCGAAGCAGCGAGAAUGAUGUUAGAAAUCAACCGACGCCAUUUGGAAGAAUUCAUCAUUACCCAUCCAGAUUCUUCGUACGAACAAUGGAUUGGAAAUUUGCAUCCCGAAAAUGCCGUUGACGAGACUACCAUUGAUCAUCGAUUUUACGUGGAAGACAGUGAUCAUCGAUUGCUGUGGAAUGAACUCAUUGGGGAAGAACGACAAUUUGUGCCUGUCAGAACGCUAAAGACCACUGAUAUUGAAGCAGCUGGAAACUGA